AUUCAACUCAAAACCCUCUGAUGAUGGGAUCCAUGCGCAAUGCCGCAAUUCACUUGUACUUCAAAAGACAGAGCGGUGGUGCGUGCUGCAUGCCUGCAUGUCGCCCACAUCCGGCGACAUACCUAUAGAUGGAUGGCACCGGCCCGCCGGCCGCCGGCGAUGCAGACGGAGACAGCGAAUAUUUCAGGUUGAUGCGACUUUUCCAACCCACCACCACCGGUCGAGGAGACUACCCGCUCAGAGCAAGUAUUACAGGCGGCGAAGAGCCGGCGAAAUCCAACGUGGCAGAGAGAUAAAGCAGGAGAGAGAAGAAAAUGGGCGCCUCGCGAGACGCCGGCUAAAAGCGGACGAAGUGCACUGUGGCGGCCGCUCUCCCACUCCGAUACUUCCACGUCGCAUCUGAGCAUUAAAUAUCGGUGAGGUCCACCACCACUGCUCGGCAAUUUGGAUGACCUGGAGUUUCUUGCAGCCGGCGAGCGGGCGUAUUCAUUAACCUUGCUCUCACUGUGAAGUGGCCAAGCGCUAGCAACCAGGCGCAGAGGGACAACAGACCACCCACGCCACGCCACCGCAGCUGCCGCUCCCCCUCGCUCCCCCCUGCCGGUCGGCGGCCAUGGCGGCGGCGGCGCACGUGCUCGUCUUCCCGUUCCCGGUGCAGGGCCACAUCAACUGCAUGCUCCACUUCGCCACGGCCCUCGUAGGCGCCGGCGUCCACGUCACAUUCCUCCACACCGAGCACAACCUCCGCCGCCUCGGCGGCCGUGCCUCUGCCUCCUCUCCCGCCGGGUCCCCGCGGCUCCGCUUCCUUUCCAUCCCCGAUGGGCUCCCAGAUGACCACCGCCGCUCGGUGGCCGACCUUUUUGAGCUCUACAAGUCCCUGGCGGCUGAGGCCAUGGGCCCGUACCGCGCUCUGCUCACGCCGUCGCCCACCACGGGGAGCCGUGCUGCCGAUGUCGGCGUCGACCCCACCGGCGGCUUCCCGCCCGUGACGUGCCUAGUCGCCGACGGCUUGCUUCCUUGGGCCUUCCACGCUGCCGAGGAGCUCGGCGUCCCGGCGAUCGCCUUCCGCACGGCCAGCGCCUGCAGCCUUUUGGCAUUACUGUCCGUGCCCAAGCUUUUCGAGCUGGGCGAGCUCCCCUUCCCUGCAGGCGGCGACCUCGACGAGUCGGUUCGUGGCGUUCCGGGAAUGGAGAGCCUCUUGCGGCGACGAGAUCUCCCAAGCCUCUGUCGCCGCCCCAACGAGACAGACGACGUCGACCCCGCGCUGCACGAGCUCGUCAAGCUCUCCGCCCACAGCGGCAAGGCGCGGGCGCUCAUACUCAACACGACCGCCUCCUUGGAGCAGUCAGCGCUCGCGCACAUCACGCCGCGUAUGCGCGACUUGUUCGCCGUCGGCCCUCUCCACGCCAUGUCGCCGGCGGCGUCCUGCAGCAGCCUGCUGCGCGAGGACGACGGCUGCACGGCGUGGCUCGACUGUCAGGCGGACCGGUCCGUCGUGUACGCGAGCUUGGGGAGCCUUGCCACCAUCUCUCGCGACCAGUUCACCGAGCUCUUCUCCGGGCUCGUCGCCGCCGGUUACCCGUUCCUCUGGGUGCUCCGGCCGGACAUGGUGGAGGCGAGCCAGGACGCCGCUCUCCAAGAAGCUGCCAGGGGCGCCGGAGGCAGCAAGGCCCGCGUCGUGGCGUGGGCGCCGCAGCGAGACGUGCUGCAGCACCGCGCCGUGGGGUGCUUCCUGACGCACGCCGGGUGGAACUCGACGCUGGAGGCCGUCGUCGAGGGCGUGCCGACGGUGUGCUGGCCGUUCUCCGCUGACCAGCAGAUCAACAGCCGGUUCGUGGGCGCCGUGUGGAGGACGGGGCUGGACAUGAAGGACGUGUGCAGCAGAGCCGUGGUGGAGAAGACGGUGAGGGAGGCGAUGGAGUCCGCUGAGAUCAGGCGGUCGGCCCAGGCUCUGGCGCAGCAGGUGAGGCGCGACGUCGCAGUCGGAGGGUCGUCGGCGACGGAGUUCGAUCGGCUGGUCAAGUUUAUCAAGAAGCUCAACACGUCGAGUGCCGGUCUCGGUCAAUGACAAAUGGACAUUAAAUGAUGGGACGUGCACUGGCGUAAGCGUUCCAUGGAUGCAAUGUGACAGUAGCAAGCAGCCGAUCUAUGUUCUGGCUCUGUUUUUUUUUUCUAGCUGAUGGUUUCCAACUCUUUGAUCGUACUGAUUGGUCUAUCCAGGCUCGGUUGGGCUUGGAAUGGAUUGUUCUUUCGUGACAA